AUGCCUAUCGCGUCACUCCAAAUCCCGGUCGAGAUCCCUCCCGUCGACAUCUGGUCAUACUACCUGGAGCAGCCCAAACACUAUCCCGGCGACAAACCCCUCUUUAUCGACUGCGACACCGGCAGGUCUCACUCCUUCAACGACAUCAAGCGUCUCGCCCUCGAAUUCGGCAAGGGCCUGCGCCAUGUCUUCAAUUGGCAAACGGGCGACGUCAUGGGCCUCUUCACGCCCAACGACAUCGACGUCCCCGUCGUCAACUUUGCCAUCCACUGGGCCGGCGGCAUCUCCAGUCCUGCCAAUCCGACGUACACGCCCGAGGACCUGGCUCAGCAGCUAAAGGACUCUGGCGCAAAGGCUCUUCUUACGCAGAAGCCGUUCCUGCAGGCUGCCCGCAAGGCCGCGGCGCUUGCGGGUUUGCCCGAUGAUCGGGUUUUGCUGAUGGGACAUGGUCGGGAUGAGACGGGCUUGCACAGGCAUUGGUCCGACAUCACUGCCAAGGGCGCCCCGGUCCAGCCUCAGAAGGCCAUUAUUGACCCCAGGAAGGACCUCGCGUAUCUCGUGUACAGCUCUGGGACAACCGGUUUGCCCAAGGGUGUGAUGCUCAGCCACCAGAACAUCGUUGCUCAAGGGCUCCAGACCGAGAAACAAGGCGACAGCAAAGGUCUCUUGUGGGAGGUAGACGCUCAGCUGGGCGUUCUUCCAUUCUUCCACAUCUAUGGCCUGGUCGUUGUUUUGGCCACCACCAUUGCUACUGGCGUCAAAUGCGUCGUCCUGCCCAAGUUCGACCUUGAAAAGGCCUGCAAGCUGAUCCAAGACCAUCACAUCACCUUCAUGUACGUGCCACCGCCCAUUGUUCUCGCUCUGGGCAAGCACCCCGUCAUCUCAAAGUACGAUUUGUCGUCACUGCGAUGGAUAAACUCGGCCGCCGCUCCAUUGAGCAGGGAACUGGCAGUUGCGGUGUGGGAACGGCUCAAGGUUGGCGUGAAGCAGGGCUAUGGACUGUCUGAGACAUCUCCCGGCGUCAUGUUGCAGCUGGCGGAAGAGUGGUGGAAAUAUCAGGGCUCCGUCGGAAGGCUGUAUCCAAAUAUGGAGGCCAAGAUUGUGGAUGAGGAUGGCAAGGAACUAGGCUAUGACAAGUCCGGAGAACUCCUCCUCAAGGGACCAAACGUCUUCUCAGGCUACUGGAAGAGGCCUGAACUCAACAAAGAAACCUUCACUGAGGAUGGCUGGUACAGAACUGGAGACAUCUUCUACUGCUGUCCCAAGGGCAACUUUUACAUCACCGACCGCAAGAAGGAGCUCAUCAAAUACAAGGGCUUCCAAGUCCCCCCUGCCGAACUCGAAGCCAAGCUCAUCGGUCGCGAGGAUAUCGCCGACGUCUGCGUCAUCGGUGUCUGGGACAAGGAACAACACACCGAGAUCCCGCGCGCCUAUGUCGUGCUCAAGCCCGGUGUCGAGGAGUCCGAGGCCAAGGCCAAGGAAAUCACCGAGUGGCUCAAUGCAAAGGUGGCGCCCUCCAAGAAGCUGCGCGGAGGCGUUCGCUUCAUCAAAGAGGUCCCCAAAUCUCAAGCAGGCAAGAUCCUGCGGAGAGUGUUGAGGGACCAGGUCAAGGAGGAGGAGGAAGCGGCGGCAGAGGCACCAAAGGCGAAGUUGUAA